CUGUCCUCAUGACUAGGCAGCUCAGCUGGCCACUAUAACAACAUACUUAUUUUCACACAAACAAAUCCGUUUCUCUUAUGUUCCUAUUCUCACAACCACACGUUACUACAUAAUAUCUGGAACUAGGCAACGCGUACACCAUUCGCAAACAUGCUACAAUCCUCUUUGUCAGGAUGGCUGAAGAAGCCAGCGGCGAGCAAAGAGAUUGCUCGGCCUCCACUAUCGCCUCCGCCAGCUUCAGCAGCACCGAAACGACCUCCACCACCUCCGAAAUCUGUCUCCGCACCUCCCCGCAUGCCAAUGAAUCGCGUACCCUCAAGCACGACUCCAAUGCCUAAGACAACAGAGCAAUGGAACGACAUACCAGAAGACUUUCUCUCAGCACCUCUGUCACGACCGCGAUCAAAGAAGAGCCCGCGACCUUCAGCUACAGGCACACCAGCGAACAUCUCAAGAGCACCGACACCAAUCGGGCUUUCAAACGAGACCCCACCAACAGCGACCGAGACACCCUCGACUGCGGCAUCGACGCCUCCAAUGCUAACCUCGAAGUCCUCAAUACCAUCGCUCUUCUCACUGCGCCCCCUCCCACCGAACGUCAAACUUGCACCCCUCACAAACGAGCACCUCGAUGCAUUCAAACGCCUCAACGCCCUCACACUGCCCAUACCAUACCCAGAGUCAUUCUACAAAGAGACAAUGACCGAGCCGCACCACAGCAUAACCUUGAUCGCCCUCUGGCACUCCGCCUCAAAAGACGCCACCGAAGAGGAAAAAGAGAAAACUAACCCGCGCCUCAUAGGCGCAAUUCGGUGCCGUCUGCUCCCUUCCGCGCAACUCUACAUCAGCACUAUCGGUAUACUGUCACCGUACCGCACACACGGCAUUGCGAUGCACUUGCUCCAAGCAGUUGUUAAGAAUGCAGUCGCAGAACACGGAGUGAGGUGCGUGACGGCGCAUGUGUGGGAGGCGAAUGAUGAGGGCUUGGAGUGGUAUAAGAAGAGGAACUUUGAGAUCAUGGGGAAGGAAGAGACGUACUACAGGAAGUUGAAGCCGCAGGGCGCGUUCCUUGUGAGGAAGUGGAUUGGUGUGGGGGAUUUGUUGGGAAAUGGGGAGUGGGAGAAUGGGCAUGCGUAGUGAGGGUUGGGAGAGGAGGUAGAGCAUGUUGAAAGACUUGUACGAGUAAUGAAAAGUUAUGAUACCACGCGACGCGAUUAGCAGAUACACAAAUGGAAA